UCCGACCCAUGCAAGGAUUAAAACAAUUCUCAUCAUUAUAUACGAUCCACCAACGCAUAAUUUUAUUAGGUCUUUGUUCAUUAUAAUCAACGCAGCUGAUCUUUCUCCUUGUUUUCUCUGCAAGGCAUCGAGAGCUGAUCACACCAUGACACCACUCGAAAACAAAAGGACCACGAAGUCCUACGAGGAUAGGAAGAAAACCCUAAAGAAGAAAACAACGGAGCUUGCUAUAUUGUGUGACGUUCCCGUUUGCUUAAUCUGUGUUGAUCCUGAUGGCACUACUGAAACAUGGCCAGAAGAAAAGGAGAGGGUUGUUGAUGUUCUCAAGGCAUACAAGGCCAAUCGAACAGUAAACAAUGUUGAAGGCAAGGAGAAGGUUGUCGACAAGGCACCGAGAGUUUUCGAAACUUGGGACCCAAGGUUUGAUUACUUGCCCGAGGAAUCUCUGAUGGAUGUUUUGAAAAUCUUGGAGAGGCAAUCGCAGGUUGUCGAUCAAGUAGUUGGGAAGGAACAGACCGGAAAGAAAAGAAAAAUUAUGUACGAUAAAAUAAAGAGCAAAACUGGGGGUGAUGUUAACGAUGAAAGGUCUCAAGAAGCUGGUCUAAUAACAAGAAAUUUUCUUGAUGUGGUUGGCUUGAAUCACCAGACUAGUUCCUAUACAGCAAACUACAGUGAUAUCAGCAGUUUCUUGGGUAAAAAUUCAGGGAGCAGCAGCAACGAUUUUCUGAUACCAGUGGACUUGGAGUUACGUUUGUGAUGAGAUUUUGAUGCAAUUAGAGGGAAACAUAGAAACCUUGCCAGCGUUCAUGCUGGCUCCAGUCAAUGUUGUAGUUUUUUUAGGCAGGGUUUUCUUUUUUUAGAUUUCCUUUUUAGUUCUCCGUGUACCCUAGUUUUAAUGAAGACAGGAUUCCUCCUAUUAA